AUGGGGAGAAAACGAGUUAAAAACGGGGAGUUUGCAGGGGGGGCCUGGAGCCGUUUUCAGGUGGUUUUGCAUUUCAUGGUGGGGUCACCGAGCGCCGCCGUCAGCCAGGACCUGGCGCAGCUGCUGGUGCAGGCCGGGCUCAUGAAGAGCGAGGGGGGGGAGCCCCCCUGCAUCACCUCGGCCGGGUUCCAGUUCCUCCUGCUCGACACCCCCGCCCAGCUCUGGUUCUUCAUCCUGCAGUACCUGAGGGGGGCCGAGGCGCGGGGGAUGGACCUGGUGGAGAUUCUGUCCUUCCUCUUCCAGCUGAGCUUCUCCACCCUCGGCAAGGAUUACUCGGUGGAGGGGAUGAGCGAGUCCCUGCUGACCUUCCUGCAGCACCUGCGCGAGUUCGGACUGGUGUUCCAGAGAAAGAGGAAGUCCCGGCGGUUCUACCCGACCCGUCUGGCCAUCGCGCUGGCCUCGGGGACAUCGGGGACAGCCCCGGGGACAUCGGGGACAGCGCUGGGGACAGAGCCUGACGGCCACGGCUUCGUCCUGGUGGAGACCAACUACCGCAUCUACGCCUACACCGACUCGGAGCUGCAGGUGGCCCUCAUCGCGCUCUUCUCCGAGCUGCUCUAUCGCUUCCCCAACCUGGUGGUGGCACAGGUGACAAGGGACAGCGUCCAGGCCGCCAUCGCCAACGGCAUCACGGCCGAGCAGAUCAUUCACUUCCUGCGCACUCGCGCCCACCCCGUGAUGGCCAAACAGAGCCCGGUGCUGCCCCCGACCAUCACAGACCAGAUCCGGCUCUGGGAGCUCGAGCGGGACCGGCUGCGCUUCUCCGACGGUGUGCUGUACAACCAGUUCCUGUCCCAGGUGGAUUUCGAGGUGCUGCGGGACCACGCCCGCGCUCUGGGGGUGCUCGUCUUCGAGAACCCCGCCCGGCGCCUCAUGGUGGUCACGCCCGCCGGCCACCCCGACGUCAAACGCUUCUGGAAACGCCAGAAACACAACGGCUGACCCCAAAAACCCCAAAAUCCCCCAAAUCCCGGACUUUGGGACCCCAA